AUGUCCUUCUACGUCGCACCCAGCCAGCAGCGCACCCUCCGCGCCUGCAUGGUCUGCUCGCUCGUCCAACUACACAGCAAAUUCAUGCGCGAAGGCUGUCCGAACUGCGACAACGUCCUCGGCCUCCGUGGCAACAACGACAACAUACAAGAAUGCACAUCGCAGGUCUUCGAGGGCCUAGUUACGGUAAACGAUCCGGGAACAAGCUGGGUGGCGCGCUGGCAACGACUCGAUAGCUAUGUACCAGGGACCUACGCGGUCAAGGUUACGGGGUCGCUCCCUACAGAGGUUAUUGGGCAUUUGGAGGACGCGGGGAUAAAGUACAUUCCUCGGGAUGGAAGUACGGUUGAAGAGGAAGGGUGA